CCCGUGAGGCGGGGCGGGAGGACGAGGCGGGGCGGCGGGCUGGGCCGGGGCCCGUCCUGCUCCCCGGCGGAGCAGCGGGCUGGCGGCUCACACCGCGGGAAUGGAGAGAAGAAGAUCAGCUCUACGAAACAAGAUGUAUCAGCAAAUCAUUCUGGCCACGUUUGUCCUAUUGGGCUUUCUUCAGGUGGCAGAUGCCCAGUGCAUGGUCCAUCAGAUUCCUCCCAGGAACUUUACAUUACCCUGUAUGCUGCUGAAUAAGACAUUUUUGAGUCCUUUCUCUGCUGAAGUUGUAGAGAGCUGGUCUGGCUGGAGAAUAGAGCAUGGAGCUCCUGAAACCAAACCUCCUGUGCUAAUGAAUGAAGAAAGUUUUCUGUGUUGCCUUUGGAGUGAUAACAACAUUGAUUGUUCUUUGUACAGAGCAAGCAUGCAAGCAAGAAAAUUUAUUCCUUCAGAAAUCAGUAUUUCUGCUUCUCAGGAAAUAGAUUCAAAUUGGAACAUAGAAUGUUGGAUUAAAGGCAAGCUGGACCUGCUAGUUUGUACUGUGCAAUUUUUGAAGUUGUACUUGAGAGCUGACUUGAAGCUUAAUCUUUUAUAUGCUGCAUCAGAGCUGUCACUGGGAGAUGUGUCUACGAGCUCUCUCAAGGGGACUGUGGUGGCCGUUCAGUGUGACUGCAGCGCGUAUGACAGGUGUGAGUGUCACCUGCCUUCCCUGGGACUCAACCACACGCUCAUCAUGUGGCUGAAGGCGACGGUUGGUGGGACACCUCUGUGGUCACCUGUGGCAUCAGUCAAGCCCAUAGACAUAGUAAAGCCUGAACCUCCUUUGAACCUGCAUCUAGACAUGACAGAGGAAGGUCAAGUGAAGAUCUGCUGGUCCCACCCCGAGCCAAUGCCGUACCCGCUGGAGUAUGAGGUGAAGAUCUCUGCAAGCUCAGGUCAAAGCAGUUGGCAGAUGGUUCAUGUUGCUGAAGAGACCUCCCUGGCUGUAGACAAUACGCUACUCGAUUCCUCACACUUGGUUCACGUGCGGUGCAGGAACCGCCAUGGUCCGGGCUUCUGGAGUGACUGGAGCUCCCCGUAUAAUCUCAGCUGGGGAGCUGAAGUCUUGUACUUCCCUCCUAAGAUACUGACCAGUGUUGGUUCUAACGUUUCAUUUCAUUGCAUCUAUAAAAACAAAAGCAAGACUGUAGUGUCCAAGAAGAUUGUUUGGUGGCUGAAUUUAGCAGAAGAAAUCCCAGAAAGUCAGUAUACGCUUGUGAACGAUCGCGUAAGCAAAGUUACUCUUUUCAACUUGAAAGCAACAAAACCUAGAGGAAGUUUCUUCUAUAACACAUUAUACUGUUGUCAUCAAAAUAGGGAAUGUCAUCAUAGAUACGCUGAAUUAUAUGUAGUAGAUGUGAAUAUUAAUAUCACUUGUGAAACGGAUGGGUACUUAACUCAAAUGACUUGCACAUGGUCUGCAAACCCAACCACAGUGCUCCUGGGGAGUUCCUUGCAGUUAAGAUACUACAGGAGCACAAUUUAUUGUUCUGAUGUUCCAAGUACUUCUCCAAAAUCAGAGGUGAAAGAAUGCCGUUUACAGAAGAAUCAUUCUUACGAGUGCACAUUUCAGCCGAUUUUUCUUUUAUCUGGAUAUACCAUGUGGAUAGAAUUUAAGCACUCGCUAGGAACACUGGAGUCCUCACCAACUUGUGUCGUUCCAGCAGAUGUGGUGAAGCUGCUUCCUCCCUCCAGUGUUAAAGCAGAAAUCACCAGGAAUGUUGGGCUGCUGAAUGUGAGCUGGACAAACCCAAUAUUUGCAAAUGAUGAUCUUACAUUUCAGAUUCGGUACGCUGUGAACAGGGAAGAAAUUACAUGGGAGCUUUACGAAGUUUCAAAUGCACCAACAAGAUCAGCUGUGAUACAAGUUCAGAAACUUUGCGUUGAGUAUGUUGUUCAGGUCCGGUGCAGAGAGCUGACUGGAGCAGGUUACUGGAGCAACUGGAGCGGAUCAGCCCACACGCUUGUGAAAGAUGUCAAAGCUCCCUUACAGGGCCCUGAAUUCUGGAGAAUUAUUAUUGAAGAUCCAGCAAGGAGGCAGAAAAACGUUACUCUCCUGUGGAAGCCACUGAUGCAGAAUCGCUCCUUGUGCAGCGUGAGCCGCUACGUUAUAAAGCAUCAAACGUCAGGAAACACCACGUGGUCAGAAUAUGUGGAUAACGGCACUACCUGCUCAUUUCCAUGGACUGAACACACACAUGCCGUCACAGUUUUAGCCAUGAAUUCAAUGGGAGUUUCUUCAAUUAAUUUUAAUUUGACUCUGUCACAGCAAAUGAGCACAGUGAGCGCGGUGGAGUCGCUCCGCGCGUACCUGGUGAACAGCACCUGUGUGCUUCUCAUUUGGACGCUUUCGCCUCAGAUAUACACGAUAACAUCUUUUGUUAUUGAAUGGAAGCACCUUAACAAAGAAGAGGAGCUGAAGUGGGUGCGAGUUCCUCCAAAUAUUAGUCAAUAUUAUAUUUAUGAUCACUUUGUUCUGGUUGAGAAGUACCAGUUCAGCCUGUGCCCCGUGUUUGCUGGAGGAGUUGGCAAAGCCACAACAACAGAUCAUUUUACCAAAGUUAUUUCAACGUCGGUUUUGUUGCUUGGAGCGCUGCUGGUUUCGCACCAGAGAAUGAAGAAACUGUUUUGGGAAGAUGUUCCAAACCCCAAGAAUUGCUCCUGGGCGCAAGGAGUUAAUUUUCAGAAGCCUGAAACUUUUGAGCAUCUUUUUAUCAAGCACCCUGAAGCAAUGUCAUUUGAGCCUCUUCUUCUGGAACCAGAAAUUGUACUGGAGGACAUCAGCGUCACUAAAGCCUUGAAAAAAGAAGACACGCAAGAUUUUUUGGUAAUUGAUCCGAUGUUCACAAAAAUUCAAGACCCUGAGCAUGACUCCGCUUGUUCCAGCAGCCACUUCAAUAGCAGCAGCUUCUCCGAGGGCUCCCAGGAUCACCAACUCAGCGCGGAAACAACAAGGCAGUCCGAUAUUAAAUACGCUGCUGUGAUGAGUAACUCCCGAUCAGGUGGGCUUUAUGAACAGAAAACGAAUUUACGAAGUUGCUUCAUAGCUGAAGAUCCCUCAGUUCCAGGCACCUGCUCGGGCGGCUCCUGGGAGGUGGGAAACGGGACAUUCCUCGCGUUUCCAGACCCGCCCAGCAAGACUCUGUCCCUUUCCAUUAUUUCUUCGGAGGGGUUUUCAGAGCCUUCAGAUCAUGACGACGCUUUCGCAGACGGAGACAGUCCUGAGCGGAGCCUGUAUUAUCUGGGGGUAACAUCCUUGGAAAACAGAGAAAAUGACAUUUUUUUAACAGAAAGCUCUGGGGUGAUGUGUCAGUUCGAUCCAACUGAUCUACUCAAGGAUGGGGGGUUUCUUCAGCAUCCGCCGCCUGAUUUAAACGCGUUUCUCCAGAGCAGCCUGAAGUACAAAGCCGUUGUGCCUUACGUGCCGCAGUUCCAGAUGGCGGCUGUCAAGGUGCAGGAGCCCACAGAGAAAAACUCGGAACUCAUCACACCGUGAUUUGAUGCUCUUAAUGUUUUUUUAGGUGUUGAUAAGUUCCCAUUUUUCCUGACUUCUUUCAGGAGCGUUCCUGGUUUGAAACUGAGGUCUGUAUUUGAGUGCCAGGAUUUUAGUAGGAAGAAAUUCUGCUUCUUGACCUAAUUUUCAAAUGUGAGUCCUUCCUCUGGAGAUUUGAUUGUGUUUGAGUCAGCGUCUGGUGCCAAAUUACCUCGUGUUGAUGCUUGUUGGGUCUGAGCACCCCAUGAAGAACCACACUUGAACUUGGUGUCAGCCAGCCCCGUGUUAUCCCCAGGGACCCACACGCAUGUUCCUGCUGUUGAGGAGUAAAGAAUCUCUUCAAAUACGUCAACAAACUGCGCUGGAAGAGCUUGUUCUUGGUUUAGGGUUUGUUUGCAGACCCUAAGAGCAAGAUCGAAAGGAGUGACCUCAUGUGUGGAUUGAAAUAUAUACAUCUGUGGUGUAUUUUUGGGGGGAAAAGCUGGAAUGUGUUAUUUCACUGGGAAUAUUUUGCAAUAUUGAGUUGACCUGGAUGCGGUGCAGCCACUGGGUGCUCAGUCAACGGGUUAUUGUCCAUCGAUGGUAAAUGGAUGCACUGUACAAGCACAAGUUGAGACUCUUUUUUUCUCCAAAAUCCUGAUGUCCCCAGGGAACGGCAGCUGCAACACCCGAUUUCAAGCAUUGAAAGGGAGGCCCUGACUGGUGGUGACAAACUUGCGGCUGCUGUUAUGGGGCCUCUUCUAAAGUCAAUUGAAAAUAUUCAUCAGUAGCAUUGAAGAGCUGUAAGAGAAUUGGGAGGUCAGACGUGCUGAACAUCAUCUGUAUCCAUGGAGAAAACAGUCCCUGAAAAGUGACGGUUCCAAUGCCUGAACGGUGCUGUGAGAAUCAAAAUUCUCCUGGCUGCAUUAAUUGUGGGGUGUUAUGUGGGUAAAACAACGUACUUGCAGGUAAAACAUACUUGUUUUUGUUGUGGAACAUGAGAUUCUAGUACAAAUGGUACUGCCCUAAAACUAAUGUCUCUUUCAAGCUAUUUUGUGGGAUAAGCAGGUAAAGAAGACGACACUUAUUUGCAAGCCAGAUGUAUUUUUUCUACUUUAUAGUUAGUAAAUAUUUUUGUCUACAUGCCUUUUCAAAGAACUAUUUUGAGGAGCCAAGAAAGAUGAAUAUAUUGUGUAUUCCAAAGCUAAAUUUAUGUAAAACUUAUAUAGACAACUAAAAACAAAAGGGCAAAACCCAGCAACAAUAGUAAAUUAAAGGAGUGUGGAAACACGUUAAUAUUAGGGAUAAAUCCUAUGUAGCAAAAGGGACCAAAGCAAAUGUUUAUCUGCACUUUGAUUUUAAGACAAGCUUUAAAAAACCCCCAAAUAUUCCCUUUUCUCAAACAAGCUGCUAACCUGGAUCUUGCUGGGGGGGUGUCUGUUUAAGAAUGUUGAAUAUGACACUAAUCUAAUGUACUCGUUCCAAAAAUAUUAUGGAUGGCAGGGGGAAUUAAAACAUGUUUUGUGUUCGUAACCGAAACUCCUUGUCACUUGGAAAUGUGGCUGGAGGCUGCAGGGCCAACCCUGGAGGUUCCUGUAGGGUUCUAGGAGUAAAGCUGGGAUUAGCACCUGGGUGAAUCCUAAACCUGGAAUUCAUCUGAAAACAGAUGGCGGGUUCUGCCUUUCUCGGUGGUUUGUGCCCCAGAUCCAUCAGCCCCUGGACACUGAGGGCUGAGGAUGUGGAUGUGCUGCCCCACAUCGAUCUGUUGCAUCUGAAGAUCAUCCUAAGAAAGGAAAAGCUCACGUUGAUUUUACUGUACCAAGUGUGCAGCCUGGGCGUGCUGUGACACCAGCAGCUGUGCUGGGGGGUUGCUGUGUUCAAAAAGCAGCGCAGAACGUUGGCCCUUGCUGGAAUUCGCUGGAUAUCCCAAUACUGGCACCCCUGGGAGUCCAGCCCGUCCCCCCGUGUCCUCCCUGCUGUCCCGACUGCGGAUUUUUCCCAAUGGCCAGAGCAAGUGGUGCUGCUUGGAAAAACAAAUCGAUGGGGUGUUUACAAAAAACCCUGCUGUGAAUGUAAGAAAUACUGCACAUGCGAGCUCAUCUGCUUCAGCAAAAGAUUUUAACUCCUGUAGAACCAAGCAGUUAAAUCCCUUAAUGUUGGUGUCCCUUUCCUGCAGCAGUCUACACACCGGGUUUCCAGUCCCCAAGUUCGUGACAGUGCAGGUGAGCCCAGGUCCCGACUCAGGGUGACGGGCAGGACGCAGAUGUGCGAGUUUAUUUGAUAAACACUUCCUCAAACUGGCAUUUCCAGCCGUACCACAUGGACAUUCAGUCCCACCCGUCACCUUCGCUCUUGUGUAAAGCCAAAACCUGCAUAUCCUGAGUCCCCUUGGCCCUGGAGAGAGGAGAUUAGGAGCCGGGAUCAGUUACCAGGUGCUUUUCUCCCCAUUAUUUUUUCCCCUCAACUUCAGGUCAGUUUGUUAGUUUAACAAAACCGAGCACAUGAGCUAACGGUGUUCCACACGUGGUGACGGUGAUGUCCUCCUCUCGCAGGGAAGCCAAUGCACUUUAUGCAGGAGUAAAAUCUCAUUUUCUUGUUUCUGGCUGAGACUUGAGGCUCAAUUCCCGCCCGAUGGACCGAGGACACGCUCCACCUGCAGCCACAAGUUCUGCUGGAGCCAGUCUGAGUCUGAGCAUUGAUUUUUAAGAGCAGAUGCGUUAUUAUUGUUAAGUACACAGGUUCUGUUCGCUCCUGAAAGUGAAGCUGUUAAUGCUUCCCCAUAAAUUACCUCUGCUACUAGUGACUCAGUGUUAAUUCCCAGUGAAGUCAGGCAUUUUGCAGAGCGAUGGGGUUUUUGCUAUGGCCCCGUGCCCACCAGGAAAGGCCUUUGUGAUUUAAACUGGACAAGCAAUUAGGAGGAACCACACGCAGCUUCUGAAGUACAUAUUAAGCCUUAAUGUUAAGACCUUGCAAAUUAAUUUUGAAGAGUGUUCGGGAGUAUAGCUCAUUUAUCUAAGAAAAUGAAUCAAUUGUGUCAUUAUUCCUUUUACGCAUCCCUUCUAGCUGCAGUCCGUGAAGAUUGUCAUUCUGUCAUUGAGCCGUUGGUCUGUGCAGCUGGCCUUGGCUUUGACAGUUUGCAGUAAAACGGGCUUUGGGUUCCUUUUCCCCUUUCAUAAACUGGGAAGUUAUUUUUCUUUAUGUGGCUUUCACUUCUGGAGCAUUUACGUAAUGGCUUCCCACUGAUGAGAGUGCAACCUGAAGCGCCGCUUUGUACAGUGUCAGAUUUGCAAUUAUUUUUGUGAAUAAAAUGUUUAUUGCUGA